GCUUCCCUGUCACCACCCCCGACAAGCAUUAAAGGCGUUAAAGCUCGGUCCGGUCACCGCCCUGUCGCUGUACCUCCUCGUUCCUUCCAAUGAGACACUCGCUGGCGAUCGGAUCUCGGAUCUCCCGAUCCCCUUCUCGAUCCAUCUCUUCCGGUCGAUCGCCGGUCGCGUGAUCGACGGCGAAGGAUGAGGCUCAAAGGGGAUGAUGAUGGCACGGUGGUGCUGGCGAACGGGCUCUCCCGUGAAGGCUUCCGAUGAUGAGGUCAAGCUUGACGAGGGCGACAUCCAAGAGGCCGAGUCAUCGCUCCGCGAGGGCCUGUCCCUCAACUACGAGGAAGCAAGAGCCCUUCUAGGAAGGUUGGAGUAUCAAAGAGGCAACGUAGAAGCUGCUCUUCGAGUGUUUGAUGGAAUAGAUCUUCAGGCUGCUAUACAGCGUCUGCAACCUGGUCUUUCCGAAAAGCCUUCUUCAAAGAGGAACCGUUCCCGCACAGAAUCACUACAUUCAGUGUCUCAGCAUGCUGCUAGCCUAGUCCUUGAAGCCAUCUACUUGAAGUCCAUGUCACUUUUAAAGCUUGGUAAAGCUGCAGAGGCCGCUCAAGAAUGUAAGAGUGUUCUUGAUGCUGUGGAAAAGAUGUUUCAGCACGGCAUACCAGGCAUGAUGGUGGAUGCCAAAUUACAAGAAACUGUCAGUAAGGCUGUAGAGCUCCUUCCAGAGCUUUGCAAACAAGCUGGACACAAUCAGGAAGCUUUGUCUUGUUACCGGCGUGCUCUUCUCAGUCAUUGGAAUCUUGAUGAUGAAUGCUGUGUUAGAAUCCAGAAAAGGUUUGUUGUGCUUUUGCUGUAUGGUGGUGUAGAAGCUGGUCCCCCCAGUUUGGCUGCCCAGACCGAUGGUGCAUAUGUACCAAAGAACAAUUUGGAGGAAGCCAUACUACUUCUGAUGAUGCUAUUAAAGAAGUGGUGCCUUGGUAAGACACAGUGGGAUCCUUCAGUGAUGGAGCAUUUUACAUUUGCACUGUCUCUUGCUGGCCAGACCUCUGUGCUUGCAAGGCAAUUUGAAGAAAUAUUACCCGGGAUGUACCCACGAUGUGAUAGAUGGUUUAGAUUGGCUCUUUGCUACCAUGCAGAAGGUCAAAAUGAAGCUGCCUUAAAUUUAUUGAGGAAAUUCUUAAAUAAGAAUGAAUGUCCUAAUGAUCUACCUGCAAUAUUAUUUGCUGCGAAGAUCUGUAGUGAGGAUUCUCUUCUCGCAUCUGAAGGAGUAGAAUAUGCUCAGAGAGCUAUAGCAAAUGCUCAUGGUGUGAAUAAACAUCUUAGAGCUGUGGGUCUCCGCUAUUUGGGUCUCUGUUUUGGAAAACUAGGUAAAAUUGCUUUUUCAGACCAGGAGCGUUCUUGCCAUCAAGUUGAAGCAUUAAAAGCACUGGAUGAAGCAAUUGCCCAAGAGGGCCAAAACCCAGAUUUGCUUUUUGACUUGAGCUUUGAAUAUGCUGUGCAAUAUAAUUCCAAUGCUGCGCUCAGAUUUGCGAAAGAGUUUAUUGAUGCAACUGGCGGAUCUAUCUCAAAAGGCUGGAUACUGCUCGCUUUGGUUUUAUCAGCCCAGCGGAGGUACUUGGAAGCUGAAGUUGUUAUUGAUGCUGCCAUUGAGCAGACUGCAAAAUGGGAACAGGGGCCAUUGCUCAGAAUCAAAGCAAAACUGAAAGCUGCUCAGUCUCUGCCUAUGGAGGCAGUGGAAGCAUAUCGUCUCUUGCUUGCACUUGUUCAGGCCCAAAGAAAGUCAUUUGGAUUUCUCAGAAGUACUUCAGAUAGAAUCAAUGAGUUUGAAGUGUGGCAAGGUCUUGCGAAUUUAUAUUCCAGCCUUUCUCAUUGGAGAGACGCGGAAAUAUGCCUGGAGAAGGCUAAGAUGCUGAAGCCAUUUUCCGCUGCUACGAUGCAUGUUCAAGGUUCUAAGCAUGAAGCCCACGGAGAGACUUUAGAAGCAUCGGCAUCUUACUUCAAUGCACUCUCUUUAGACCUGAGCCAUGUCCACUGCAAGGUAUCCCUUGCGAGUUUGCUCUGGAAGAGAGGCUCUAAAGCUUUGCCCGUCGCGAGAUCCUUCCUGAUGGAUGCUCUAAAAGUUGAACCCACAAACAGGAUGGCCUGGUAUUAUCUCGGCAUGGUUCACAGGGAUGAGAGGAGAUUGCUUGAGGCAGCUGACUGCUACCAAGCAGCAGCAAUGCUCGAAGAAUCCGAUCCAGUAGAGAGUUACAGUUCCAUUUCUUCAUGAGUCCCUCAACUAAGCUCCUGCCAUUCUUUUUUCUUGAUUUGUGGUUCAUAUAGCUAGCUGUUGUGUGGAGUUGGAUUUCAGCUGCAGAUUGUAUUUUGUACUUGUAGAGCUGAGUUGGUUCUCUCUCUGUUUUUUUUUCCCUGGUUGUAAUUCGACUCUGACAUUUUCAGCUUUAGCUGGUAUAUAUAUAUCUCUAUAUAUAUAUAUAUAUAUUUAUGCGUUUGUUUA